AUGGGAACGGUCACUCUAGACACGGAGCCUCCUCCAUCCUAUGAAGUCGCAACUGGGCAAGCUCCACACGAGCUCAUGGAACCAGUCAGCCUGGUAUUGCAGGGCACGGAGAUUGUCGUUGAGAACACAGGAGACAAUACACUGCUUUAUCAAUUAAGCCGCAACAUAACCGCGCUGCCACCAAAGAACAAGUCAUCGUCAAUCCACUUGCAUCGCGUUGAGCGGGGCGCCUCCGAGAAAACAAACGGUGAGCCCGUCACCACUCCUAUAUUCCAUCUUGUCCAUCCCGUCAACGCGGAUUUCCGACAUGAUCUGCCACCGUACUUCGUUACGGCUACCUCCCCGGAGGCCCUUGGAAACAUCAUCUUCGAGGCGAACAAACAUACGCUCCAGAGAACCGAGUUUAGUGCAAAGUUGAGUCGGGACACCACUUCCUCAACUAAGCCGCUGUUCCACGCAAAGGACAAUCAACAACUCGUGUUUUACUCGAAGAACAGUCGCAAGGAUGGGCAGCAAUGGCUUGACCAGCAUGGCAAACUACUGGCCACUGAACGUCAUAACGGCCAACUUCCGACGUUGACAAUGGAGGCCCCCGUGCGUAGAAACACAAGGGAUGCGUUGGUUGCCAUGUGGUGCAUGAUGCUGUGGUAUGAACUGGCCGAGAGCAGAGGGGCCAAGAGAGAGCGCAAGUGUGACCCUGCUCUUCAGUCGCUGAGAUGGCUAGCUAACAAUAUCUCGCAGUACUAG